AUGCGCUGGGAGAAUCGCUCCGUGUGGAUGGAGUUUGUCUUUCUGGCCUAUCCCUCCUGCGAGGAGCUGCGCGUCCUGUGCUUUCUUGGAACCAGCCUGGUUUAUGUAUUUAUCCUCACUGGAAAUGUCCUCAUUGUGACUUCCAUCCAGACAGAAGCUCGCCUGCACACGCCCAUGUACUAUUUCCUGGGCAGCCUCUCCGGAGUAGAAAUAUGCUAUACUGCCGUGGUGGUCCCCCAUAUGCUGGCCAACACCCUCCAAUCGGAGAAGACCAUCACACUCCUGGGCUGUGCUGCUCAGAUGGCUUUCUUCAUCGGACUCGGCAGUGCUGAUUGCUUCCUCUUGGCCGCCAUGGCCUAUGACCGAUACGUUGCCAUUUGUCACCCUUUGCAGUACCCGCUCAUCAUGACUUUGACCCUUUGCGUCCGCCUGGUGGUGGCAUCCCUGCUCACUGGCUUGUUUCUAGCCUUCCAGCUGGUGGCCUUCAUCUUCUCCCUGCCUUUCUGCCAGGCUCGGGGUAUCCAGCACUUCUUUUGUGAUGUGCCACCGGUCCUGCGCCUCGUGUGUGCCCAGAGCCACAUCCAUGAGCAGUCAGUGCUGGUGGCAGCCACUCUAGCCAUUGCGGUGCCAUUCUUCCUCAUCGCCACCUCCUACGUCUUCAUAGUGGACGCUGUCCUGCAGGUCCGCUCCGCAGCGGGCCGCCGCCGGGCCUUCUCCACCUGCUCCUCGCACCUCACCGUGGUGCUGCUGCAGUACGGCUGCUGUGCCUUCAUGUACCUGCGCCCCAGUUCCAGCUACCAGCCCGAGCAAGACCAGUUCAUCUCACUGGUGUACACACUGGGGACCCCGGUGCUGAACCCCCUCAUCUAUACACUUAGGAACAGUGAGAUGAAAGAAGUCAUAGGGAAAGUCGUGACCAGGAAUUGUCUCUCCCAGAACACCUAG